CAAUAGUCUAGCGGCGAAGGAAGUGAGCGGAUGUUUUUGAUGCUGUGUUCUCGUAUAUAGUUACCUAUUUAUAUAUUGUGCGAAACGAAAACGCUUAAUCGUUUUAUCUGACGAAAAUAAGUGACCAUAUCAGUUGAGUGGCUAAUCUACUAAAAUACGGGAUGAUAUUCCUUAUCUGGCUGGUGGCCAUCAUAGCAGCAGUGCUGUUGUACUGCCGGCAGUCUUACUCCAGAUUCAGCAAAUAUGGCGUCAAGCAUUUACCCCCAGUACCCCUGCUGGGAGACAUGGCGAGAGUGUUUUUUCGUAGGGAGCAUUUCGUUGAGAACGUUAUGAGAAUAUAUGAUAGUUUUCCUGAAGAGAGAUUCGUGGGCCAUGUGGAAUUCGUACGGCCCAUGGUGUUUCUCCGAGACCUUGAGCUGGUGAAGCGGAUCACAGUGAGAGACUUCGAGUACUUCCUCGACCAUGCCGUGGUUGUUGACAAAACUAUCGACCCUUUGUUCGGGAGGAACCUGUUUGCUCUAAAAAGUCAGGAAUGGAAAGACAUGCGGUCUACCUUAAGCCCGGCCUUCACCAGUUCCAAGAUAAAGCUGAUGGUACCUUUCAUGGAAGAGGCUGGAGAUAACAUGAUUAUAAGACUGAAGAGGGAAAUACAGGCGUCUGGAAAAAACUACGCCGACGUUGAGUUUAAAGACGUAUGCAAUCGCUACGCCAACGAUGUCAUCGCGUCUUGCGCCUUCGGGCUCAAGGUGGACUCGCAGAACAACGAAACAGAAUUCUACAAGAUGGGGAAGGUGGCUUCACAGUUAACCUUCGUUCAGAUGCUCAAGUUCAUGGGGUUUCAGUGUAUCCCUACAAUUAUGAAGUUCUUGAAAAUGACACUCUUCACGGCGUCGACUCAGAACUUCUUUAGGCAGCUGGUAACACACACGAUGAGAGAGCGGGAAACACACAACAUACUACGGCCGGAUAUUCUCCAUCUACUCAUGGAGGCCAAGAAAGGAAAUCUAAAACAUGAAGAGGAUAACACAGCCAGUGACGCUGGGUUUGCGACCGUAGAAGAGUCUAACGUCGGAAAGGCGGCAACCACGAAAACUGUCUGGACCGAUGAUGACCUGAUAGCUCAAGCAGUCAUCUUCUUCGUGGCUGGCUUCGAAAGCGUUGCCCAAGCCAUGACCUUCCUUGUCUAUGAGCUGGCUCUCAACCCAGAGGUCCAGGAUAAGCUGGUGCAAGAAAUUAUGGAGAAUGAGAAGAGGAAUGGCGGGAAGUUUAACUACACAUCUGUGCAAGAGAUGACGUAUUUAGAUAUGGUCGUUUCAGAACUGUUAAGGAUGUGGACACCAGGCAUCGCUCUUGAGAGGAUGUGCACAAAAGACUACAACCUUGGAAGGCCGAAUGAUAAUGCUACUAAAGAUUACAUAAUUCGAAAGGGAGAAGGCGUUAAGAUUCCCACUGGCGCCUUCCACCGCGACCCUCAGUACUUCCCUGAGCCCCAUAAGUUCGACCCGGAGCGCUUUGCGCCUGAAAACCGCCAUAAGAUUCAUCCCUUUUCUUUUAAUCCUUUUGGAUGCGGCCCGAGGAACUGUAUAGCUUCCAGAUUCGCCCUCUGCGAGACAAAGGUGUUGAUCUACCAGGUGCUCAAGCAUAUGGAAGUGUCCCCAUGCGAUAAGUCCGUCAUUCCUAUACAACUGGAAAAGUCCUCCCUCAACCUGAUUAUGAAGGGAGGACACUGGAUUCGGGUGAAGGCUAGGGAAUGAGAAUAAAAAUGAGGAACGGCGGCCGUUUCUAAAUGAAGCAGGAACGGAUAUAAAAGUUUUAUUUUAAAUUGUGUUUUCUAUAACAAUAAAAGUUUAAGUUUACACAACGCUGUAAUUUUGAAAUUUGGUAUAUAUGUUCAUUUCCUUAGACCCCCCCUCCUCCCAUGGUGAUCAUUCAUGAGUUUUUUCAGAUCCCCUCCCCCCUUACUUCGUAUGACGUGAUUAAUGGACGCCCCCUAUACAGUAGUAGAUCUAUUUAAUAAUUUUUUUAUUAUGAUAUUUUAUUUUAUUUUAGACAGUAUUUAUUUUUUAUUGACAUCAUUUACUGAUUUGUAUUUUCUAGUACUGAAACUGAUUUAAGUUUUUUUGUAUUGUC